CAGUUGCGACUUUCCUACAGCGUGAAAAUCUGAGAGAGAGAGAGAGAGAGAUACAAAUGGCCGCCACCGUCGACAAGAAGGAUAUGGAGUACAAGGUUGGGAAGGAGGAGGAGCUGAAGCACUUAGGGUUUGUGAGGAUCGCUGCGAUUCAGACGCUGGUGUGCGUUUCGAAUCUGUAUGUGUAUGCGAAGCAGAACUCGGGACCGCUGAGAUCGAUGGUUGGGACUGUGGAGGGUGCCGUCACCACCGUCGUCGGUCCGGUGUAUCACAAGCUUAAGGGCGUGCCUGACGAUGUUCUUGCUUUUCUUGACACCAAGGUAGAUGAAGCGACGGACAAGAUUAGCAAGCAUGCUCCUCCUUUGGCUAAGCAGGUAGUAAGCAAAGGUCACUGUUUGAUCCAGACAGCUAUGGAAAAGGGUCAAAGACUUGUGAAGGAGGCCCAAAUUGGCGGUCCUCGGUCAGCCAUUCAUUAUGUAGCUACAGAAUCUAAGCAGCUUGUAUUUAACCAAUCUGUGAAGUUGUGGGUUUUACUUGACCAGUAUCAUCCGAUUCACAAAGUGGCAGAGAAGGCUGCACCAACAGCUGCUCACUUGUCCAAGAAGUACAACCACACCGUUAAGGACUUGACUGUGAAGGGAUAUCCCAUCUUUGGUUAUUUGCCCUUGGUUCCGGUUGAUGAUAUAUCCAAAGCAGUGAAUCAGGGAAAGGCUGGGAAGAAAGGAGAUGCUCAUGUUGAGCAUAGUUCUGACUCUGAUUCCGAUUGAGAGAGCAAAGUGGUGCUUGUUUAAGUUUCUUUUUAUGCUUUUAGUUGAAUGGUCUUGUGGAACGGUGAAUUUGAAGGAAUGCAGAUUAGCUAGCUGCUAUGUAAAUGACUUCUAGACCCUGUUAAUCUAUUUUCAGUUUGUGAA